CGAGAUAUUGCAUGCAUAGCAUGAUCGAGGCAGCACAAUCGAUUUAAUGACCUCGUCGACUUGAAGUUUCCUAACCUCCAAAUAACGCAUGAGCUGUGCGUGUACGAGAAAAAUUAAAUUAUUGAAUUCGAAUACGGGAGAAAGGAAAUGGAAGAGGAAAUUCAGGAAGAGGAAAGAGAAGUACUUCAUUCGAUAUAUGAAGGAGAUUCAGCUUUUAAACAGUUGACACCUACAACAUUUCAAUAUAAGUAUGGAGAGGACAACGAUAUGAAAUCAUUUCUAUUGGAGAUUUCAUGGGGAACAACAUAUCCAUCAGAGAGGCCUAUCAUUAAUAUGAACACUUUUUACAACAAGCACCUUGUACAAGAAGUAAAAGACAAAGUGGUGCAACAUGUGGAAGCAGAGAUUGACCAAUGGCUUGGAUGUGCUAUGACUUAUACAUUAUUUCAAUCUGUACAAGAACAUUAUACUGAAUUGGUCUCAGCGCAACCAGAUUCUGUAGUUGAUUUAAACUCACAAACCAAUCAGCUAAAGAUAACAGAUGAACAUCAACAAAAGUUGGAAGAAACAACAAAAAAGCCAAAAAAGGAACAUCUGACUAAAGCUCAAAAACGUAGACAAUGGAAUAAAGCAGAUGGAAAGGGAGAGAAACCACGAGGAUGGGACUGGGUGGACAUAGUAAAACAUUUAUCACAGACUGGCCCUAAACAAGAAUCUUAGUUCAACUUCAUUGAAAUAUUUGUACAGAUCUAUCGUACCUGAUGCUGUGUAAGUGCUGCCCUUGUUGCUCCACCAGCAACACCAACAAUCGAUUUCAUUGCUGUUGAAAUGCACAAUAUUCCAAGCGAAUAGGAGGAAAAAUAAGGUAAGAGUAAUUCUAAUCCCAUUGCUAAAUCAUUAAGAAUGUCAGCAAAGAGCCUCCAUUUUUUACAUUGUCCAUCUAAAUUUGUCCUAAUGAAUGAAAGACAAUCACUACUUUUGUAGAGACUAAUUAGAAAUAUUAUAUUCUCGUAUAUAA